AUGGCAGGCGAACUUCAUUCGCAAGCAUCGCAUUCGCAACUGCUUCUCGCCCAGAAAUUCAGACCAGCCCCGGCCAAUGUCGUGCAUGUUGAAUGGGUAGCUCGGCUGUUAGACAUGGUCUUCGGACGUGACCAAAGAGAUUGGGGCAACAAGCGGUUACUGCAGAAUCUGUCAGAAUCUGUCAGUCGGUCAUUGCCCUUGAUUGAAGAGGACUCGGUUAAAGAGGAGAUUGCCGGUCUUUGA